CCUCCCUCUCUCUCUCUCUCUUCUUCACUCUGCUUCUUUCAUGGAGGUUCUGAAGCUUUUCUUUCUCCAUGUUUUCCUUCUCGUAUUCUGCUUCAUUACAAGCUCAACUAGCCAAGUUCUCAAAGAUUCCUCUUCAUCUUCAUCAUCUUCAUCUUCAUAUUCUGCAGAUGCCGUUCUUCUACUCAUAAAGAUCAAGACUUCACUCCAAGGUAACUCCGAAAACUUGCUCUUAUCUUCAUGGAAUUCCUCAGUCCCACUUUGCCAAUGGAGAGGCCUCAAAUGGGUCUUCUCCACCGGUCUUCCUCUCCCAUGCGACGACUUUUCGUCACCCCAAUGGACCAACCUUUCUCUCUUCAGAGACCCAUCUCUCCACCUUCUCUCUCUCCAGCUCCCUUCAGCCAAUCUCUCCGGUUCUCUCCCCAGAGAGCUCGGCGAGUUCUCCUUGCUCCAAAGCCUCUACCUUAACAUCAACUCCUUAAGUGGGACUAUCCCUCUUGAGCUCGGUUACGCCUCUUCACUCUCAGAAAUCGAUUUGGGCAACAAUUUGUUUGCCGGAGUAUUGCCACCUUCAAUCUGGAACUUGUGUGAUAAACUCACUUCCCUUAGGCUUCACGGAAACUCACUAUCUGGGUCUCUUCCCGAACCGGCAUUGCCGAACUCAACUUGCGAGAAACUUCAGUUUCUUGAUAUGGGUGGCAACAAGUUUACUGGAAAUUUCCCGGAAUUCAUUACCCAGUUUCUUGGCCUCAACCAGCUUGAUCUUGGGAACAACAUGUUCUCAGGCCAAAUCCCACAAAGCUUAGCUGAGUUGAAAAGCCUUGAAAAACUCAACCUUUCGCACAACAACUUUAGUGGGGUGUUGCCGGUUUUUGGUGGUGAUCAGUCAAAGUUUGGUAGCGAGGUGUUUGAGGGAAACAGCCCUGCGCUUUGUGGGGUGCCUUUGAAAAGUUGCAGCGCAAAUACUAGACUUAGCUCUGGUGCUAUUGCUGGUCUUGUGAUUGGUCUAAUGACCGGGACUGUGGUUUUGGCUUCUGUGCUAAUUGGGUAUGUGCAGAACAAGAAGAGGAAGAGUAGGGCUGAGAGUGAAGAUGAGUUUGAGGAAGAAGGAGAAGAUGAGGAGAAUUUUAAAGGACAAGGAGAUAGUAGCGUUGGUGGUGGUGAGGGUGGGGGUGAGGGAAAGCUUAUUUUGUUCCAAGGAGGUGAGCAUUUGACUUUAGAGGAUGUGUUGAAUGCUACGGGUCAAGUUCUUGAGAAGACAAACUAUGGCACUGUUUACAAGGCCAAGCUUGCGGAUGGAGGGACCAUUGCUUUGAGGUUGCUGAGGGAAGGUAGUUGCAAGGAUAGGAGUUCUUGUGUUCCGGUGAUAAGGCAGUUGGGAAGGAUUCGCCAUGAGAAUUUGAUUCCGAUGAGGGCUUUUUAUCAGAGAAAGAGAGGAGAGAAGCUUCUCAUAUAUGAUCAUCUUCCUCAUAGAAGCCUUCAUGAUCUUUUACAUGAAAGUAGAGCAGGAAAACCGGUGCUGAACUGGGCUCGCAGACAUAAAAUUGCAUUAGGAAUAGCCAGAGGUCUAGCCUAUCUCCACACAGGUCUUGAGCCACCCAUCACUCACGGUAAUGUCAGAUCCAAGAACGUUCUGGUCGACGAGUUCUUUUUGGCAAGGCUCACUGAGUUUGGGCUCGACAAGAUCAUGGUCCCUGCGGUGGCGGACGAAAUAGUAGCACUGGCCAAGACCGAUGGCUACAAGGCGCCAGAGCUCCAGAGGAUGAAGAAGUGCAGCUCCAGGACGGAUGUUUACGCGUUCGGGAUCUUGUUGUUGGAGAUUUUAAUUGGAAAGAAGCCCGGGAAAGGCGGAAGGAGUGGGGAGUUCGUGGACUUGCCUUCGAUGGUGAAGGUGGCGGUGCUUGAGGAGACGACAAUGGAGGUUUUCGACGUGGAGGUUCUGAAGGGAAUACGCAGCCCCAUGGAGGAGGGUUUGAUUCAGGCGUUGAAGCUUGCAAUGGGGUGUUGUGCUCCAGUGCGUUCGGUUAGGCCAACCAUGGAUGAGGUUGUGAAGCAGUUGGAGGAAAAUAGGCCAAGAAAUAGGUCUGCUUUGUAUAGCCCUACAGAAACCAGGAGUGAAAUUGGUACACCAUUUUGAGAGCUUUCUAAUUAUUCUUCUUUUUUUUUUUUUUCCAAAUAUUGUCAAAAUAUGAAUUCCAUUUAUCUUGUUUGUCUUUUAUUUUUCUUCUUUGAGGACAGGGUUGUAGCACUUAUUGAUAGUGUUUAAUUUGCUUCAUUUGGAAGUUAUAUAAGU